UCUACCUUUUUUAAAAGAGCGUCUGCUGUUCAGCAAGACCAACGAUCACUUUGUCCGGAGUUUGUUCGAGGGUAAUGAAUCGAACGUACGUCUUGUAGAAUACCUAGUGCCGAUAGUUAAGUGGUUGGCUAGUUCAAUGCAGCUAACAGGUAAGUAAUAAAAUAGUCUCCUGGGUUUGGCAUGGCCGAGGGUAGCGGUAAUGUUAACGUCAAUCCGGCCAACCUCCCACCGGGAGACCCCCAGCUCAUCGGGAUGAUUGUAGAGCAUCUGAAAAACCGGGGUCUUUUUGAUGAGUUCCGUCGGGACUGUUUAGCCGACGUCGAUACAAAGCCGGCCUAUCAGAACCUGCGACAGAAAGUGGACAACUUCGUCACAUCGCAUCUGAGCACGCAGAACUGGAACCCGUCCAUCAACAAGAACCAGAUGAGGAACGGACUGAGGCAAAGCGUCGUUCAAUCGGGCAUGCUGGAGUCUGGUGUGGACAGGAUCAUAACUCAGGUCGUGGACCCCAAGAUGAACCACACUUUCCGACCGCACAUAGAAACAGCCAUCCACGACUUUCUGUCAGGGGACAGGAAGGAGGAAAGCACCUCAAGUUUGAACUCUGCUCCAUCUGAACAGACAGAACCACAAGAGCCUCCGUCUGCCUCUGGCCCCAAAACCCCCAUGCAGAAGAAAAUUGCGCCAUAUCCAGGGAAAAUCUCUGUGGCAUUCCGCAAGGGGCCACUUGGAUACCUUCCCCGGGACUCGUCAAAAGAAGCUCGGCGGAUUAAAAAUGUCCCCGAGCUUCAGGACAAGUCUGCACCUGUGAGGGAGGACGAUGCUCUGACUGUCAUCUAUCAGAGAGGAGGGGAUGCCUCUGACAUGAAGGAAGUGCAGGGAGAGUACAUCCUGCAGUUUGGAAAGUAUAAAGGGAAAUCUUUCCAGUGGCUUCUGGAGAAUGAAUGUCGGAGCACCUGGAAGGAGAUUUGGGGUGGCAGAGGUGACGGCUAUGGAGACUUUAUCACGAGGAAGAGCUGCAGUCAAGGAACACGGAUGCAUAAGCUGCAGCAGUACGUGCGGAAGAAGCAGCAGUCUGUGUCUGCUUCCACAAAUGCUCCAACUAAACCCCUGGGAACGCGCCGCUCUCCUGCGGAUCUAUAUAUCUCAGCCUCGAUCUCGUCGUCACAGUGUAAAGUUAUUCAAAGGCAUCGAGCUCUAGCUGCGCGAACUUCUACCAAGAGAAGAAAAGAGCACCGCACGUACGCUGACUCGACCUCAGUCAUGCCGGUGAACGCGCCCGCUGUCUCCUGUGUGUUUUUCCUGCUGCUGGUGUGUCAUGUGCUGACCAUCGACCCGCAUGAUGUUCUGGAGAAACAAGUGAGCCAGAUGAAAAGGCGCCUCUCUUUGCAGAGCACAGUGGAGAUCCAGAGUUGCCUGGUGAGUUCAGGUGAUGUUGGCUGUGGGAUGUUUCAGUGUUUCAGCAACAACUCCUGUGAAAUCCAAGGGCUGCACCACAUAUGUCUCACUCUGCUGCACAACGCUGGACGCUACGACUCGCAGGGCAAAUCAUUUGUGAAGGACGCAUUGCGGUGCAUGGCGGUGGGGCUGCGGCAGCGUUUCAGCUGCGUCAGCCGGCGCUGCUCGGCGGUAAAGGAGAUGGUGUACGUGCUUCAGAGGGAGUGCUACGCCAAACACCAGCUCUGCCUGGCACUGCGGGAUCACAUUGACACCGUGGGAAACCUGGUCCAGUUCCACCUAAUGUUUCCUCCCGGGCCAUACGUGGAGCUGACGAACUUCCUGCUGAAGUGCGGAGACGAGGUCAGGACGUGGGUCGGACGCCGUUUGCGUGGGCAAUGCGAGCAGUACUGGGGGUCGCUUUGCAGCAACUUUGCCGGAAACUGCCCCCUCUGCCAAUCCGAUACCCUCCACCAAAGCACUUCCCCAUCCACCAGUGCACCAUGGCCCAUCACUGCUGGGGGACCCCUGCAGCAGCCAACCAGAGAGGCUAAACCAGAGGACAGGAGCAGGCUCAGUCAGAUAGACAACACAACUGAAUCUGGUUCAGUUGUGUCUGAGAAAUCCAGUGUCACUCCUCCAUAGACAGAUAGGUGGAAACAGAGUACACAAAAUACUAUAAUACUAGCAGUAGUGGCUAAAAGUAUUCAGUGUAGUAAUACUGGUGAAAGUAAUGCAUCAUAACUUAUUCAAUCUGCUGGGCAUUUGUGCUCCAUUAAGGAUGGAAGAACAAUUAUCUACCUCACUUCAAUGUCACAGUAGACCACUGCAGCUCAGCAGCUGGCAUGGACACACCCACACACACACAUACACAGAGGUAAACACAACAGGAAUCAGUAGGUCAAGUGUAGCUCAUGGCUCCAAGUCAGUAUCCUGUUUACAAGCCCAGUUCCAAAAAAGUUGGGACGCUGUGUAAAAUGUAAAUAACAUUAGAAUGCAAUGAUUUGCAAAUCUCAUGAAAUCAUAUUUUAUUCAGUAUCAAACAUAGAAAACAUACCAAGUGUUAAAACUGGGACACUUUACUGUUUCAUGAAAAAUAUUUGCUCAAUUCGAACUUUUACACAGCAUCACAACAUUGUUGGGGCCGAGUUAUAAAUCUGCUUUUGUAUUUAUGGAGAAAGUCAUAUUGUGUACAAUGGAGAUAAACAGACGAGGCGCAGUGUGCAGAAAGGAAAGCACUCAUUGGUCAAUAUGUGUUAGAAAUAUAUAUUUUUAAUGUUCGCUUGUUCACAUUUCAUACAGACCCCUGGUGUCGAGAAUAUGUUGUACAUUUUUAUUUAAAUGGAUCAUAAAAACUCUGUUGUGAACAGUUUUUAUUUGAAUGUUAUUAAACUGCAGCGACACUGAUGAAAAAAGAGAAAUCUGUUAUUUAAAUCAGUCCUAUCCUGUUGAACAA